GGUCGCUUGCUGUCCUGUUAUGUGGGUGUUUGCGGGGCUGUGGCUCUUCUGGCUCGCCUGGGUCGGCGACUUCGGGCGAGCUCAGAGGCUCUCCGCCCAUCUUCGCCUCCAUGCGGCCUCCCGAUCCGAUUCCUCCCGGCUCUUGGGGCUUCACGCUUACCGCACUUGCUAUAUCGCCCAGAAGAUCGAUCACUUUGGUUUUGCUGAAGACCGCACGUUCAAACAACGCUACCUGAUUGCAGAUCAGCACUGGAAAAAAGACACCGGCUCAAUCCUUUUCUACACCGGCAAUGAAGGGGACAUCACCUGGUUCGCAAAUAAUACGGGUUUCAUGUGGAAUGUGGCUGAAGAAUUGGGUGCACUCCUGGUUUUCGCCGAACACAGAUACUACGGGGAAUCAUUACCGUUCGGAAAUAAGUCCUACGCCGAUGCCAAACAUUUGAAUUAUCUGACUUCGCAGCAAGCUUUGGCUGAUUUUGCGGUACUUAUCCAGCACUUGAAAAAUUCCAUCCCUGGAACGGAGACUACCCCCGUGAUAGCCAUAGGAGGCUCCUAUGGAGGAAUGCUUGCUGCCUGGUUCCGAAUGAAGUAUCCCCACAUAGUAAUUGGAGCUCUGGCUGCGUCGGCCCCUGUUUGGCAGUUCGAUAACUUGGUUCCCUGUGGCUCUUUCUAUAAGAUAGUGACUGAAGAUUUCAAAAAAAGCGGGAUUGGCUGUUCGGAAACCAUCCAAAAUUCCUGGGCGGCCAUUAAACGUAUUGCUGACACAAAGAAAGGUUUACAGUGGCUUUCCAACACAUUUCGUUUGUGCAGCCCCUUGAAAUCCACAACAGAUGUCAUCAACUUCAGAGAAUGGUUGAGAGAGACGUGGAUUUACGUGGCCAUGGUAGACUAUCCGUAUGAAGCUGCUUUCUUACAGCCUCUCCCUGCCUGGCCAGUUAAGGUUAUCUGCAAAUACCUGAAAAACCCUAAACUGCCAGACAGGUUGUUGCUACAGAAUAUUUUCCAGGCUGUAAACAUCUACUACAACUACACGGGGCAUGCAUCCUGCUUGAACUUAACUCAGACUACUACUAAAAGUCUGGGCCUUCAGGGCUGGUCUUACCAGGCCUGCACUGAGAUGGUGAUGCCCAUGUGUUCGGACGGUAUCAACGAUAUGUUUGAGCCACAGAAAUGGGACUUCCAGGCUUACUCAGAGGAGUGUUUCAAAACCUGGGGCGUACGACCCCGCCCUUCUUGGAUUCCCAUCUUUUACGGUGGGAAAAACAUAAGUGCGCACAGUAACAUCAUUUUCAGCAACGGAGGACUGGAUCCUUGGUCUGGAGGUAGCGUGACAAAGAACAUCACAGACACACUCGUUGCCAUCAUGAUUCCUGAAGGAGCUCAUCAUCUAGAUCUGCGUUCCAACAACCCCCUUGACCCUAUCUCCGUUCUGCAGGCUCGCCUCUUGGAAGUCCACUACAUGAAGUUGUGGUUACAGCAGCACAAGAGGGUUAAAAAAGGCCUGAAGUAACUGGAUGUAGUUGUGGGGUUUUGUUGUAGCAACGGUUGUCCAUUGGCGAUCAUCUCCUUCCUGGGUUGUCUCUCCUUCGCCUUAGCUUUCUGCGCUUUCUUUAGCUUCUCCCAAUUCUCAAUCAAGAUGUUCUGUCUGAGACAAGUUGAAACCGACAUGGCUCAGCUCUGGUUAGGGAUGUCCCAUCCGUGUCUCUCAUCACAGGAAGCCGAGACGUUGUCUUCCUGUUCUUCAUUGAGCUGUAGGGUGCGCAACUGGGAAAGGAGAAUGCGUCUAAUCCCUUUUGCCUUCGCCUCGCUUAGCGGACUUUGUAUGGGGAGCUGGACUCCAUACAGGUAGUCCUCGGCUUACGAACCACCACAGGGCCCCAAAUUCUUGUUGCUCAGUGAGAAAUUUGUUUUGCGCCAUUUUGCGACAUUUCCUGCCACAUUGAAGUGAAUCAUAGGGUGAUGCGGUGGCCUAGCGGUGGAGCUCUCGCCUCACCAUCGGGAGGCCGUGUGAGUUCGAUCCUAGGCAGAGGCAGAUAUUUCUCUCUCUCGGCAUGAUGAGAAUAUAUCUGCUGGGAAAAAAAAUCCGCACUGGCAACAGGAAAGGCAUCCGG